CCUGAUAUGAUAAUAAAUUAUGAUAGUUUGCUAUUAUAUUCGUUUUUAAGCGGCACCAAGCUAGCUAGCAGUUGGUGGGUGAGCAGUUGCACCAUUAAAACAGGUUGUGCAUGACCUCCUCUAGCUCUGUGUUGCGACACAGCUUGACCUGUGACAUGAUAAGAUGUCAUCAACUGGACGUCUCACCAACAUCCUUAUCGUGUGCAUCUUCAUUAUUUCAGUGUUUAGUCUUGUCUAUGUCUACUUAAUGUCGUAUGAGGACUCAUCUGUCAGACAUGUUCAAGCUAACCAAGAAAUUAUAAGAGUCACUCAGACACUGAGUGUAGAUUGUGAAAAUUAUUUGAACGAUAGCUCAAGCACAUCCUCAUCUGUUGAUACUAUGACUCAAGCUGUGAUGCACAGCAACAUUCCUUGGAUAUUCACUAUAACACCAACCUAUAAGAGGAGCACUCAAGUUGUAGACAUAACUAGCUUGUGUCAAACACUCCAGCUUGUGCCAAACCUUGUGUGGAUCGUCAUUGAAGAUGGAUACCUUAAGAGUGACACUAUUUCUGAUUUGCUCCGUCGUUGUACUGCUCAGACUGUGCACUUGAUAGCUAGGAAUAUCGGUGAAUGGACUAGUCCUGCUGGUAGAGGUGUUGCACAGAGGAAUGCUGGCCUCAUUUGGAUUCGAGAAAAUUGUCAUAGUUUCGGUAAAUGUAAUGGAUCAUUUUACUUCAUGGAUGAUGAUAACAAGUAUGCUCUGAGUUUGUUUGAUGAGAUUCGUAGUGUAAAGUUCAUUGGAUUGUGGCCUGUUGCAUAUGCUGGAUUUCUGCACUUCGAAGGGCCAAUUUGUAUCGACAACCAGAUUGUGGAAUGGCAUGUUUUAUUUGCUCCAGAAAGGAAGUUCCCCAUUGACAUGGGUGGCUUUGCUGUCAAUGUUCAGCUGUUACUGGAGUACCGUGAAGCUCUGUUUGGUUACAACCCUCACUCCCGUGUGAAGGCGGAGGGGGGGUGGCAAGAGACAAGAUUUCUAGAAAAUUUCUCCAGUGGAAGAGAUGACCCCAGAGUGGAAUGUAAAGGGUCUCGAAGACAGGCUUUUGUGUGGCACAUAAAGACAAAGAUAGACUUGAAGAAUGAAACAAACAUUUGGAAACACGACCUCAUAACAAAGUAGUCUAUGCAUACGUAGAACUAUGGCCCAGUCUUCCUGAGGUAAUCAUGCACCUGAUGCAUAAAAUUGCACAGUACCGAAACUUCAACUUGUAUAGUAUUAUAUACCAUAAUUAAAGAUAUAUUUAUAUGCAAGAAUUGUAUUACAAUAACAUCUAGUACCCAUCCCUAGUGGCCAGUAUCCUCCUGGUUUUUCUACUGGACUUAAAAAUAAUGUGAAAACAUUGUUAAUUAAUUAUUUAUGACUUCAGGGCUCUAUUGUAA